GCCAUUAAUGCAGAGGAACAGAGCACUUUUACUUUCAUGAAUCUGCAAUCAUCUUUUAGCAAAAAAGUGAAAAUGCAUGUCUCUAUUUUUCUCUUGUUGUGUUUGCGUGUGCAUGGUUUUUUCAGUGCUGGUUCAGACACAGUGUCCUUGAAGGACGGAGAUUCAGUCACUCUGCACGCUGCUAUGCUUUGUGUUGCUGGAGAAAAAGUCUCAGUUUCAGUAACGGAAGGAGAUUCAGUCACUCUACACACUAAUGUUAAAAUGAAUCAACAAGAGAAGAUUGUAUGGUAUUUUAGUGGUUUUCACAUUGCUGUAAUCACUGGAGAUCUCAGUUAUACCUGUACAGAUGUUCAGUGUAGUGAAGGUACUGAGAGAUUCAGAGACAGACUGAAGCUGGAUCAUCAGACUGGAUCUCUGACCAUCAGAAACAUCAGAACCAAAGACUCUGGACACUAUGAACUAUAUAUUAAUGGCACCUGCCGGAAUGGAAAACUCUUCUUUGUUGCUGUACUUGGUGCUCCUUCUGCACCGCGAGAAAUUAAGAGAAAGUCAGUGAAGGAGGGAGAAUCUAUCACUCUAUAUCCAGGUGAAAUAAAAAAACCAAAUGAUCUGAUGUCAUGGUAUUUUAAUGAGACUCUCAUCGCUGAAAUCACUGGAGAUCGAAGUAAGACCUGUACAGAUGUUCAGUAUAAAGAUGCUGAUGGGAGAUUCAGAAACAGACUGCAGGUGGAUCAUCAGACUGGAUCUCUGACCAUCACAAACAUCGACACCACAGACUUGGGACUUUAUAAACUACAGAUCACCAGCAGAAACAGCAGCUUCAGCAUCAGCAGCUUUAAGAGCUUUGGCGUUAAUGUCACUGCUGUUCCAGAUUCAGGUCUGUCUUCAGCUGCUGUAGCAGGAAUAUGUGCCGCUGCUGUUCUGCUGCUGUUCGUUGCUGCAGCUGCUGCUGUGAUCUACCAUCACACACACUAAGCAAAAAGAAAUGGUGAGUAUUACAAACAGCUGAUUUAACGAGAUGGAAGUAUGAUGCUUAUUGUUUGUAUUUCUAUUAUAAUUAGUAAUUAUCAAGUAAUGUGUGUUUAAAUUGUAUUAUUGUUCAAACAGGCAUCAUAAAGCAAAGCAAUGAUCAUGUAAGACCCUAUGAGCACUAGUUAAAAAUGCUUAUAAAUUUGACAAGCAUGUUUAAUCUGGCAUUUUACACAGGUUUAACAUAUUUAAUAAAAGUUUGCUUAUUUAUUAUACAGGUGAAUGGUGGAAAAGUUUUGUCCCCUAAUCAGACUGACUCUCUACUGAUGGACACUAUGGGACAACCCCUAAGCAGACUGCGACAGAGACUCCCAGUGAGACACCAAUGUAACAUUAUUCAUUAUUCAAUAAUUUACGCAAGAUUUGUUUGACAAUAUAAAAUAUAAAAUCGUUUUUGUUGUUGUUGUAAUAGAAAGAAGAAAAAAAGUUGAGCCAACUUAAAAUUUUAAAGCAACCAGCUUCAGCAGAUUUUUGAGUUUUCUCAACUUGCUGUUUUAAGUUUAUACAACAAAAAAAUUGAGAAUCUCCCACAAAAAUAAGUUGAGCAAACUCAAAAAAUCUGAUGAAGCUGGUUGCCUUAAAAUUUUAAGUUGGCUCAACUUGUUUUUUUUUGUUUUUUUUUACAGUAAUUUGGAAUUAUUUAAAUUCCACUUAAAACAUUUAUUUAGUUACCACUUGUAGCACACUUGAACCCAUCUUUCAUACACUAGUACACUCAAGUGUACUACAAGUGGUAACUAAAUAAAUUUUUUUAAAUGCAGAGAUAGUAUGUGAAAACUAUAUUUUAGUUCAUAUUCAUGGUGUCUCAAAAUAGCACAGCUGAGUACACUUAGAUGAUCUUAAGUUUAUCUUAAGAAGUACUAAAGAAUCAUUUUUAGUAUAUUAAGUACAAAAUUUGUGCGCAAAAACAGAGCACUUUAAGUACAUUAUAGUGUACUUGUUUUUCUCCUGGGUGACUAUGUCAUGACUUCCGUUGACUAAAAUUAAACUUAAAUGCCGAAACUCUAGUCAAACAAACUUAACUGGAAAAAACAAGACAAGGUUGACUAAAUAAAAACACUAAAUAUUACAUUUGACAAAUCUUAUACUAAAUUAAUAAAUAGGGCUGAUGGAAUGAAUACUAAAUAGCAGCAGGCUUUACACUGCAAGGCUUGCCAGAUGUUUUCUCUGUUUGAUUGUGGUGUCAUAGCUUUGUGGUUAAAGGUUGACGGUUCAAAUCCAGCAAAGGUUGGCCCAUGAAAUCUCACCACUGCGUCCUUGAUCAAACUCUAAAUAUCAGGAACUGAACCUGUAAUAACUGCACUGAAAGACACCAUGGAGAGAAGCAGCAACAAAAUGACAAACAUGUUUUAUAUUUUGUUCAAAAACUAUUACUAACUGCUACACAAGCCUUUUAGUAGUUUUAAACAUUUGAAAAACAGCCAUAUGCGAUUAUUAUUAAUAGUUAUUGUAUAUUAACAGUUUAUUCAUAAUAUCAAUAUGAAUGUAUCUUCAGAUGUUUGCCAGUUAUCCAUACCAUGAGUUAGGCUAUUCUUUGUAUUUUGUUGUAACUAAAGUGUUGUAAAAAUUCUGCAUUUUGUAAAGCAUUUGAGCAAAUAAACACAAUUUUUAUAUGGAAAGGAAAUUGUACAAUCUUUGUAUGUUCAUGUGAUGUACCAUUAAAGACAGAUUUGA